AGAUACCUCGAUACGCAGUGGUGGCCCCACAAGAAGAAGUUCGUGAGAUGCUGGACGGAUAAAUUCAGCCACUUCGGCUGCCGACAUACCUCCACUGUUGAAGGAACGCACGCAACAAUGAAGGGGUGGCUCGAGAAUUCUCGAGGGGACUUGCUGAAGGUUUUUCAGGACCUGAUUCCAUGGUGGCUUACAGCGGCAUCAAGAAACAGUCUUCAGGCGGCGAAUGACGCCGGACGGAUUCCAAUUGUAUUACGGGGGGUUGAACGAUAUUCUACAAUCGUCAAAAUAAUCAGUGUCUGGGCAAUCACGGAGACGAACGCCUUAUGGGCGAAGGUUCAUAAAAUUGUUGUUCAUGGGCUAGAAAGAAGUACGUGCGCGGGG